CUUCAACCUUGAAGGCUGUGCGUCCAUGUGACAUUGUUAUAAACAAUCGAACCCCUUCCAUUCAUGGCUGGCCUAUAUCCUCAUCCAUCACACUUAAACCUAGUCCAAGUCCGAAAGGAAGAGGUGCAUUACGCAAUGAAGAGACAUGUGACAGACUUUGAAACUGACACCGACUGUGCUACCGUGACCACAACUACAAUCACCCCCACAGCAGAAAUUGCGGUGACAAUGACAAUGGCUUCAGUUUCAACAUCAACGCCAGCUCUUCCUGGAACUGCUCCUAAACCUAAUUUAACCGCCGCCAGGUGUCACAUCUCGAAAUUACCUGCCGAACUUGCGUUUAUAAUCCUCACUUAUUUACCCUAUCGCAGCCUCGUUGCUCUAUCUCGGGUUGAUCGGCACUGGAGACAAUCCACUUUUCAGCGGGAUUAUAUCUUAUGGUACAAGUUAUGCAUAAGACAUGGUUUUAUUCCUCUUGCAGCAGCAGGAGAGAAUAAUACGACAGACGCAUCGGUUAACAACAGUUGUGGCCUUUACCGUCUACACCUGCAAGAUGUACAGAGUCAGCUACCUGGGCUUGCAAGGGCGCUGCUACAAAGCAGUAGGCGUAUAUCUUCAUCUUCAACUUCGUCAUCCCAGCAGUCUUCUCCCGGAGCACUAUCAGGGACAUCCUCCCCUCUAUUAGUUGAUUUGAACGAUGAUUCAUCCAUUGAACAGCAUACCACAAAGAAAAAACGCAUGUGCAUUUCCACUUUAAACUCCACUUCUUCUUUUUCGCCGCCUUCUCAGCCUUUUCAAGGGCGGGUUGAGAGCUGGAGAGACUAUUUUGAGGUCAUGAUGACGCUUGAACGAAAGUGGAUUGAGGGUAAGCCCAAUAUCAGAAGUCUUCGUGAACAUACAGAAGCAGUACUCUGUGUCAAGAUCCUUCCACAAUCGAAUCGGAUAGUCAGUGGUGAUCGCUUGGGCUAUCUUAAAGUUUGGUGUGCUCUAACGGGCGUCUGUCUCAAGACAUUCAAGCAUCAUAUGAUGGGCAUCUCAUCUCUUGUGAUGCAAGAUGAUAUUCUUGUAAGCGGUUCAUGGGAUAGUACUAUUAUUAUUUGGCGGCAGCUGCAAGAGGCACCCUAUCUCAAACCCUCCAAGGUUGUCGACCUGGGUGAGCAGGUUAUGAGUAUGGAUUUGGAUUCGAAUAUGGACUUGGUCAUUGGUGCUGUUAGUGGUCUUGUCAAAGUAUUCUCUAUCAAGACCUUAUCUUCCAUGAACACGUUCCGAAGCCCUCUCCCUCACUUAUGCACAGCAGUCUCCCUCAGCAACACUAAAGUUGAAGCCGCGAUUGGACUUAACUAUUAUGCCUGGGAUCGGGCGAGCAACGCUCAAGUAGGCUUUAUAGGCGAUGCGCACUUUGACAAUAUCUCAUGCAUGAAGGUCGAUGUUGGAAAGAGACUUAUUUUCACAGGGUCACUGGAUAGCAAAGUGCGGAUUUUCAGUUGGGAAACCAAGCCCAUGCUCUUGAGGCAGUACGGAGGCCAUCGAAGUGGUGUACGCUGCAUGGCUCUACGGGACAACAUGAUCAUCACUGGGUCCACUGAUAAAACAUGUUUGAUUACAUUUCGUGGUCGGCAUGAAUCGUACAGGAGCGACGCAACAACACCAUUAGACGGAGUUCAAGAUGGGUAUGAAGAUGAGACUGAACACAUUGCUCAGCCAGUAUCUCUCUUAAAUCAAUCUUAUGUGAAUGCAGUGGACGCGGACACAAGUAUGGUGGUGACUGGUGCUGAAGAUGGGGUUGUCAGGAUAUUCGAUUUUGGUUGUGAUCUUUGGAAACCGCCUACACCCUCCUCUCCUACGUUAUGCGGACAGGCUUCAUUAAUCUCAUCCACAUCAUCUACAUGUGUACUGAUGGCGCGGCCUGGUAGAAAUAAAAUCUCCGUGGGUAAUCGCCGCCAAACCUGGGGUACUUCUGCCUUGGCUGUGCUAACUCGGGCGAGGUCAAUUUUGAGCGAAUCACUGGCGCAACAUAACAUAGAUCAAGAUUCAUCAAAAACAACACCACUGGCUUGGAUGAACGUUGAUGAGAUAUACCAGCGCAUGAUCGAGUGGGAGCUCCAACCCGUCAGGUUGGUUUAGUUUUUUACUUUAUCUUUGUUAUUUUCUUUUUAUUACUUUUUGAUAUGUGAGUGUAAGACUUACCUUUAUUCGUGAUUUGUCUUGUAGUCAAGGAUCAACCCCAAAGCAUACGCUUAAUCUUGCCCUGCACAUGAUGGCUAAAUCAAAAUCACCAAUGAUCUUAUUAGAUAGCACUGUCAGUCCACAUCGAUUUGCAGUGAAGUAAAGC